AUGUCGGAAGGCCCUGAGACACUCGCAUCAGCAGUGGCUGUGCCCAGUCAGGAUACUAUCCAGCAGUCUCCGGAGUUGACAGCGAAGCGACGAAAGUCUUCUAUUGCCGAAUACGACACUAAGCGCCGACGACUCAGCUCUACGGACAACACCUCCCCGAAUUCUCAGCGGCGUCGACCAUCAUCCCCUCCACAUGCGAGAGAUGAGUCUGUAGAGAAGCCUACGCGGCCACGCGGAAGCCGAGAUGAGGAUCGCAAGCGGGGCCAGCGGUUAUUCGGGGGGUUGCUUGGUACCCUCUCGCAGAGCUCAAGUUCCGCGGCACAGAAACGGCGUGCUGAUAUUGAAAAGAAGCAGCAAGAGAAGUUGAAGUUGCGGGAUGCAGAGUACGGCGAAUUGAAGAAACAGCGGAAGGAACAGCGUGAUGAGAUUCGGAGGAGGGAAACCCCGUUAUAUGAGCGAGAAGCGAUGCAAACACGGCAUUCCAAUAUGCUUGCCAUGGCACAUUUCCUCAAGACACAGGCAAAGCCGGCUCUGUAUUACAAACCAUGGCAACCCAGACCUGGCGACGAUGAGGCGAUAAAAAAGCAGAUCGAAGAAGCAGAGGCGACUGUUGCCCGAGAAGUCGCUGAGUUCGAAGCCCGAUAUCCACCGGAGGCAUUUGCACCGAAACAGCCAACCCAGGCUGAAACACAACCAACUCGGGUUGAAACACAACAACAGGCAGUUGAAGAGCAGCUGCAAAGAUCAGAAGAGCAGCAAACACACGGUCCUCGAGAACAGUCAUCGGCCCCAGAGCACGAAGCGGAUCCAGCAGAUUCAAAGUCUAAGGAAACGGCUCAGGGUGCUCCGGACACGGUGGGUGUAGACAUUAAUGGCCAAAUCCCCGAUUUAGCUAAAACGGAAGAAAGCACUGCUAACGCGGAGGAAAGUGUCGUUCAAGAUCAGCAUGAUGUCCACCGAGAAGAUGACGGAGGCGAGGUCGUUGAGGAUAACGAGGACACUGUGAUUUAUUAG